AUGAGGUUGUCGUUCACGACCGUGUGCGCGUUUCGCUUUCGGCAGUUCUUAGGCCAUUCCAAAACAGCCGUGUGUUGUAGGCGGUUUUCUGCGAUGGGCGAAGAAGAUUCGCCUUUAUCUAAUGGUUUCGACGUAUACGAGCCGCCCUCGAAACGUGAGCGACGCGCAAAAAAGAAGUUUGCAUUCCUGUUAUCGUAUGACGGGCGUGGCUAUUAUGGAAUGCAGAAGAACCCCGGAACACCUACGAUUGAGGAAGAAUUGCUGAAAGCGUUGUUGAAGUCAGAGUAUAUUGACGAAGAUUCUUUUCGAACGCCGCAGAAUGCUUGGUUUCAGCGAGCAGCGCGAACGGAUAAAGGCGUCUCCGCUGUUCGGCAAGUCGUUUCACUUAGAAUGGAUCCAGAGGAAGGAGCCGGAGCCGUGGAGAAACUGAACGCGAUUCUCCCAGCAGCUAUUCGUGUGAUGGGAAUGCGAAGAGUGACGCGUGGCUUCAAUCCGAAAACCAAGUGCGAUGCGAGAACUUACUCCUAUUUACUUCCCACGUUUGCUCUCUGCCAUGUCGAGGAAGAUCCUCUGACAGAGACGAAUCGACCUCCGCGGGAAGCGAUUGAGCAAUUCGACUCACUCCUCAAACGCUUCAUUGGAACGAAGAAAUUCCACAAUUUUACUGCCCGACGUGAAAUGGAUUGUCCGAGUAACUCGAGGUACAUUAUGGAUUUUGAAUGCGGUAAACCGUACGAAAAACACGGUAUGGAGUGGCUUCUAGUUACGAUCAAAGGCCAAAGUUUCAUGCUACACCAAAUCAGGAAGAUGAUUGGUUUAUGUAUCGCUGUUGUUCGUGGUUUCGCAUCAGAAUCUGUAUUCGAAAAAGUCUUUCAACCUGAUCGGGUUGAUGUCCCCAUGGCUCCUGGCCUCGGCCUAAUGCUUGAAAAGGUGCACUACCAAUACUACAAUGAAAGAUAUGGUGCUGAUGGUAUGCAUGAUAAUCUCGAUUGGGCUGACGAAGAAGAAAAAGUUCUGAAAUUUCGAGAAGACGUCAUUUACAAUGCGAUAUAUGAAACGGAAAUGAAGGAGAAAUCAAUGUUGAAUUGGUUGGCAACGCUUCCUUUACAUAGCUACGACGUGCGCGAAAGCGGUCCUCCAAAUUCGCAGACCGCAGUAAGAACUGGAGUCGGAAGAGCUUUAGUUAGCGUGGAACUGGCAGUGAAAGCAAAAAAAUCCGAACAAGACGGAAAUGAACUACCGAAAAUCGCAGUUGCCGAGUAAUCGGUGCCAUGCGCUCAACGGCACGCAUAUCCAGUUUUUUCUUUUCUGGUGAAGUUUUGAGUUGGAUUAAAUCAUGUGGGAAAUGCCAUCCUGUCUGAAUAA